GUUUGAUUCGGCGACUGAAGAUGCUCGUGGAGAAAACACGAGUUGGAUUAAUCCGAUUGGCCGAUAUCCCUUCUUGUGACGUGUCAAAAUCUGAGAGCUUUCACGCCGCAGACGGCACAACAACAUAACGUACCUCAUCGCUCGAUUCCAAGCCCCGUUUUUUGCGACCUUAUUGUUGAUAGUUCUACGCGGCUGAGUGAAAGCUAGGCUCCGUUACGGACUGGCAAAUACAGGCGUUUGAGUAAAAAUGAUGACCGACAUAGGCGAACAGGCCGCCGUCGAAGUGCAGCCGAAGAUCGAGCAAUGUGAGAGUCCUAAUGGAAUUAGCAUCGAUUUUACCCAAGCGGCUGAGAACUUAGCACAAGGACUACUCGAAGUGUAUCAACCACCGCUGGAGCAAGUCAAGCACGAAUUGAUCGAAUUGACUAAUAAGCAGGAGACCCUCAUUGCGCAGAUGCAGGGAGAGAAUGCAAAGUUGCGCCAGGUAGAUGAGAACUUGGAUAUAAACGAACUGUUCACGACGAUCAAAAUAUAUCAGGCAAAACUGGCAAAUAUUAAAAAAGACAUGACGUCUGUUCAUGAACGAACAAAUAAGCUAAAGAAACGAGCAAUUCGUUUUCAACAAGUCAAGGAAAAGGAGGUGCUGCUCAAGGAACAGCAGCGAGAACAAGAGAUUCGUAGAGAGCAGGAACUAAUAGGGAAACCAUCAGGGUCAUAAUUUAUUGAAGAGAUAUUUGUGAACUUGUUAAAUCAUUUGUUCGUGCCUUUUGCAUCAUGUUUACAUCAUUAUUGCCUUUAUUGUUACCAUCAUUCAUAGUGAUAAAUUUAAAUAUUUAGGAUGGAUGUUCAGACUUGUAUACAUGCAUGGACAUUUAAUUACUUGUGUAACUUUGCAAGUUUCUGCCCUGGAUAGAAAUGUGAUAAAUACUGUAAAUAAGAUUAAAGUGAUAGGAUUUA